AUGAAGCGAAGGGGGGAAAUGGAAAUAGUGCAGCAGCUGCAGCAGCAGCUGUUUCCUUGCUUCAUGAGUGGCAGCAGCAAAGCAGCAGCAUACGCUGCUGCUGCUGCAGUGGGGCGGCGUUACCUGCUGCUGCUGCAGCAGCAGGGGCUGGGCGUGGCGUCGCAGCAGCAGCUGCAGCAGCUGCUGCUGCUGCGCAAAGUCCUCGGCAAAAGCGUUGCUGCUCUCGGCAGCAGCAAAUCCUUAGCAGCAACAGCAGCAACAAGACUCUGCGAGCUGCUGCAGGACAAGUCUUAUCUUUCUGUGUCUCCUUUAGCAGCAAACUUCCUUGUUGCUGCUUACCCGCGGGGGGCGGAGGUGACCUCGCGGGCGCUGCCGCUGCUGCUGCUGCAGGCGCCGCUGCAGCAGCAGCAGCAGCUGCUGCAGCGCUGGCUGCAGCUCGCGCCCGCAGACGCUGCUGCUGCAGCAGCAAACUUCCGACUCGUCGUCGAUUGGGAUUAUUAUAAAAGCAGAAUUAAUGUUCAAUUGCAAAAACUUAUUUGCAUUCCCGCAAUGCGUCAGGGUUUGGAAAACCCAAUUGCUGCAGUGCCGGUUCCCCGCUGGCUGCAGCAGCAGCAGCAAAGCAGCGACAGGCGCCAAACCAAAAUCCACGCCUUCUUUGCUGCUGCAGCAGCCAGCAGCAAGCAGCAGCUGCUGCAGCAGGACCUGCAGCAGCAGCAGCAGCAGCAGCAGCAGCGGGCGCUGGGCGCCGCAGCAGCAGGCGCGCCCGAAGCCGCGGAGGACCAGCAGAAGCGGCAGCAGCAGCAGCAGCAAGUGCUGCUGCAGCAGCAGCAGCAGCAGCAAAGGCAGCAGCAUCAAAAGCAGCAGCAGCAACGCAAAACGGAAAUGGAAUUGUUCAAGACUAAUUUCACCCAGUGGAUCACAGCCCAGAGAACCAAGUGGCUCAAAAUCAGAGAGGAUCCGGGGGCGUUUAUUCUUCGGGCGACUUCUCCAAAUUCUUCGAAUUUCUUUUUCCUUCCUUUUCAAAUUUACAGAAUUCUUUUCGUCAACAGCACAACUCCAAUUACAUCCCAAACCGCCAGCAGCAGCAGCAGCAGCAGCAGCAGCAGCAGCAGCAGCAGCAGCAACAGCAGCAGCAGCAGCAGCAGCAACAGCAGCAGCAGCAGCAGCAGCAGCAGCGAUAUUCGGCUAAAGGCCCUGACGGGACGCUAUUUGCUGCCUCGGGGUUUGAAGCAGCUUCAUUUGUGCGAAUUGGCAAUUACAGAAAAAGUUUUCAAAAAAGAAAAAGCUGCAAUUUAUGCUUCUUUUCAUCAAAAAGCUGCAGGCAUCUUCGAGGGAAACUUGCCGCUGGACUUCGCGUUCAUUUCGAGGGUGGGAAAUACCAUGGAGGCCCAUACGUCAGAACUAAGCAACUUAAUUGACGCAUCGGGGGCUUUGAGUUCUCUGGGAUUUUCGCGAGCCUCCAGCUCUUCCUUCUCAAGACCCCUAAACCCUAAUUUAGGGUUUUACAUGAAGGACGUGAAGCCGCUGAUUGUGCACAUAAUUCACGGAGAGCGUUCGAGGCCAACGCUAAACCCUAAACCCUCAGCAGCAGCAGCAGCAGCAGCAGCAGCAGCAGCAGCAGCAAACGCGCGCGAAGCCUGCGACCGAAUAUUCUGCGCUGUUUACGAACCAACACUAACAGCAGCAGCAGCAAAUAAAAUAAAUUUAAAUUCCAAUUCAAAAAAAGAAGAACUUGGACUUGCUGCUGGUUCUGCUGCUUUCUUCUUCGGGGGUUUGCUGGCCCAGGAGGUGCGGCCGCAGCAGCUGCAGCAGCAGCUGCUGCAGCAGCAGCAGCAGCAGCUGCAGCAGCUGCAGCAGCAGCAGCAGGAGGAGGAGGAGGAGACGGAUGAAGAAGAAGAAGAAAUAAAUGCAAAAGCUAAAAGAAAUAUGACCUGGCCAGAAGCAGAUGAAGAAAAGUUAAAUAAAUUUAAAAGUUUAUAUUCUUUGAUUGAUCCCGUUUGCUGCUCCUACACCAGCAGCAGCAGCAGCAGCAGCAGCAGCAGCAACGCAGCAACAGCUGCAGCAGCAGCAAAGGCCCAAAAGAAAGACGUCUCACAGACCCUCAAGGCGCUCGAAGAAUACCUCUACCAGAAGCAGCAGCAGCAGCAGCAGCAGCAGCAAGGGUUUAGGAAAUACGUUUUGCUGCUGCUGUCCACCCUCCCGCAGGACCAGCUGGGCAGCUGGGCGCAGCCAGCAGCAGCAGCAGCAGCAGCAGCAGCGCAGCAGCAGCAGCAGCAGCAGCAGCAGCAGCAAACAAGACCCUACUAUGACGCCCAUACAUUUUCCAUACCAAUUAUUACAUUUGAAGAAGUUCCGGCAAAGCUCUACAAACUCACUCGAGCUAACUUCGCCCAGGCGGCCUUCCGCGAGUCCCAGCGUUUGCUGCUGCAGCAGCACGAACUCUACGAAGCCUCUUUGUGGCUUUCUCGCCUCAUGAAAUAUCCCCUAGGCCCCGAAUUCCUGAGUGCUUCGGAUUGGCUGCGAUCAGAAGGGGAUUCUCUUGCUGCUGCUGCUGCUGCUGCUGCUGCUGCUGCUGCUGAAGAUGGUGAUGCAGCAGAGGCUGACACAGCAGCAGCAGCAACAGCAGCAGCGACAAGAGGGCAGCCAGCAGCUGAGUUGGCCCUCGAGGGUUUCCAUUCGCCCACGCAGUUCUCGCCGGCAGCGUUCAGGGUAUUAGGGUUUGCGCUGCAGCGGCUGUUUGCUUCUUUGUAUCUGCUGGAGCAGCAGCAAAUAAACAACUUUGAAAUUAAAAUAAACCAUUUAAUUAUUUCUUCUUUUUACCCCUGGAUCUGCGACAGAAAGGCAACUCUUUUCGACGCAGCUCUCAAGACAAAAGUGCAGCGGCACGCGGACACUUAUUUGUCUUUGCUGCUGAACGAGUUUUCGAAGAGUUUUUCAUUCAAAAUAAUAGCAGCAGACUUGCGGGUGAUUUUGGCUUCUACGGGUUUGGCUGUUGCUGCUGCAGCGCAGCAGCAGCUGCAGCAGCUGCUGCAGCAGCUGCAGCAGCAGCCGCUCUUCGAGGCCCUCGUCAUUUCCCCAGUGGAUUCUUUCGUAGCUGUGCUGCAGCUAGACGAAAGAGACUGGGUGGGGUAUAGAGAAUUCGUCCCCCUCAGCCGCAGCAGCAGCAGCAGCAGCAGCAGCAGCAGCAGCAGCAGCAGCAGCAGCAGCAGCAGCAGCAGCAGCAGCAGCAGAAUCAGCAGCAGCAGCAGCAGCAGCAGCAGCAGCAGCAGCAGCAGCAGCAGCAGCAGCAGCAGCAGCAGCAGCAAUUUGGAACUUGAGGCCGAGGGAGUUGCAGGCUGCCUCUCUUCUCUCCGCUGCCUCCCGCUGCCCCUCGCGAACUUUUUAAAGUUCGUAAUUGACAGAGCCACGCAGCUGCCGCUGCUGCAGCUGCUGCACCAGAUAAACGCUUACGAAGAUGACUUCCCAGUCAUCAGCAGCAGCAGCAGCAGCAGCAGCAGCAGCAGCAGCAGCAGCAGCAGCAGCAGCAGCAGCAGCAGCAGCGGCAGCAGCGGCGGCAGCAGGGUUUGGACGCGGGAGGAAACUGCUGCGAAGCUGUCCGAGCUGGCGGCGCAGCUGUGGUUUGCUGCUGCUCCUGACGGCGAUGACCCAGCAGCAGCAGCAGCAGCAGCAGCAGCAGCAGCAAACCACGAUAAGGAGAAUACCUUCCGCCCAAACCCCAAAAACAGCAAAGACAAAUCCUUCUUUGGAAAGAUCAAACGCGUCAUCAGCGACCCUCUAGAGCUCAUCCGCAGGUACGGGUCAGCUGCGGAUGUUCGGGAUAGCAAAGAGCUUUCCUUCAAGUCUUUGGAGUUUCCAGCCUGCCUAGGCUCCCGCUGCCGCUCGGGCUCUUGGAGGCACUUGGCGGUUUCUUUCAUUUGCCGAUUAAUGCAAAUCGACAAAGACAUUGACUUCAAGCAGCAAAGCUGGGCAGAGGCGCUGGCGGAGCGGAGCCACAGUUUGCAGAGUUUGGCUGGGGACUCGGAGUUGCUGGCCUCUGUCUGGAAACCCCCUCUUAGGGUUUUGCAAUUAAAAGAAAUAAAAUGUUUUUUUUGCAAAUCCAUUUCAAACCUCGAAGUCCUUUCUGCCCUCGAAGAAGUCCACGCAGUCACCACCGACGGCGCGCAAGUCGUCGUCAAGAUCUGCAAAUGCCCGGCCUGCGGCAACCCUUUGGCAGAUGACGUUCUCGAGGCGCAUCUUCUGCGCGCCCUUCAGGAAAUGCACUAUGCCUUCUUAGCGCAAGACCUCUACUGCGUUGGCUGCCAGGCGGUUUGCGUGACUCACCUUCGAGACAAGUGCAAAUGCGGAAAACCCUUUAGGGCCCGUCUGGAUCCAAAGAUUUGGGAGGACUUCGUGCAAACCACGCAGGAGGUCGCAGUGGAAAUGGGAUUUGAAACGCUGCAGUCCUGCUUAGUCCAGAUCCAGGAGGCUUGGUGCUAG